UUAGUGAUAGUGAGUUCUGUUAGAAGGUGUCUGAAGAUCUGUAGAUUGGUUCUCACCUCCAGCCAGGAUGGGGAACUGCCAGACCUCCUCCAGCCGUCCCAAAAGCACCGAUAUCCGGAUCAGUCUGCCGGCCGUCUGCAUUGUGUGGCAGACUGCCAUGAUCAUCCUGUUCGGGGUCUUUGUUCGCUAUAAUGAUGAGACUGAUGCCCACUGGGGAGAACAUAUGCGUCAGAAAAAUAUUACAAGUCAUGUGGAGAACGACUUCUAUUACAGAUAUCCCAGUUUCCAGGAUGUUCAUGUAAUGAUCUUUGUUGGUUUUGGCUUCCUCAUGACCUUCCUGAAGCGCUACAGCUUUGGCGGCGUGGGCUUCAACUUCCUCAUCGCUGCCUUCGGUAUUCAGUGGGCUCUUCUGAUGCAGGGCUGGUUCCACUCACUGGACCCAGUUGAUGGAACCAUCAAAAUCGGAGUGGAAAAUAUGAUCAAUGCUGACUUCUGUGUGGCUGGGUGCCUAAUAGCGUACGGUGCGUGCCUGGGAAAAGUCAGUCCUGUGCAGCUGAUGGUGAUGACGUUGUUUGGCGUUACCUUGUUUGCAGUGGAAGAGUACAUCAUCCUCAACCUCAUUCAUGCCAAAGAUGCUGGUGGAUCCAUGACCAUUCACACUUUUGGAGGUUAUUAUGGUCUGGUCAUAUCAUGGAUUCUCUAUCGACCAUAUUUGCACCAGAGUAAACGUUUUCAAGGUUCCGUCUAUCACUCUGACCUCUUUGCUAUGAUCGGAACUCUCUUCCUCUGGAUGUUCUGGCCCAGUUUCAAUUCUGCCAUCGCCAACCAUGGAGACGGCCAACACCGAGCAGCCCUCAACACCUACCUGUGCCUGGCUGCCAGCGUUCUCACCACCUUCGCCAUCUCCAGCCUCUCGAAAAAGGGUGGCAAGUUGGACAUGGUCCACGUCCAGAAUGCCACCCUGGCUGGAGGCGUAGCCAUGGGUACAGCGGCUGAAUUUAUGAUCACGCCCUACGGCUCACUCAUCGUCGGCUUCUGCUGCGGGAUCUUAUCUACCUUCGGCUAUCUGGUGUUGUCUCCUUUAAUGGAGAAGCAUUUAAAGAUCCAGGACACCUGUGGGAUCCACAACCUGCACGCUAUGCCAGGCUUUCUUGGAGGAGUCGUGGGCGCCAUCACGGCCGCCACCGCAAGCGAGUCUGUAUACGGACAUGAAGGAUUGGUGAACACCUUCAACUUUGUAGGUGAAUUUGCAAACAGAACAGUGAACAAACAGGGAGCUCAUCAGGCAGCUGGACUCUGUGUUGCUCUGCUGUUCGGACUCGGAGGUGGAGCUCUGGUUGGUGGUAUCCUGAAGCUGCCAAUCUGGGGAGAUCCUGAGGAUGAGAACUGCUUUGAUGAUGAAACAUACUGGGAGCUGCCUGAGGAUAUGGAGAGCAUUUCUCCUAUUCAUCACUAUAACCACCACUCUGCUGGCAAACACUCUGAUGGGGCAGAGCCCAACUUUCCAAUGGAGUCAGUGAUGUCAUGAAGCAGCUCAAGCUGAGGAUGGCCAGCCUUCAUGUCCAUCUGAUGAUCCACACACUGCUGAAUGCUCUCAUGUGGCAUGAAGUAAAAGCCACAGGACACUGCCAGUGUCUUCUCGCAUUGAGAUUCACUUAACAUGAACUUUUAAUUAUAAUAGUUAUAUACUGCCAUAGAUCUUUCAGUUGCUUCGAUUCCUCAUGACAUGCUAGGUCUGUUUCACCCCAGAUGAAACUGAUUAAUCCAGGUGAUGAAGAAUCUCUGACGAUCAAGGAAGAAAGAAGGAAACUCUAUGGGAUCAGCUGGUGGUGUGCUGAUCACUUGUGAUCAGUGUGUAUGUGUAUUGACCAGUGAGAUCGAUAGACAUAGAAGUUUGUUCAGCGCUGAGAACAUUCCUCUAAGAUAUAAACUGUCACAUUUAGGGAAGCUGUGAAUAUUGGCUGGUUUGAGAUGAAGAAAUGAUCAAUGUAUAUGAACAUAUACGUAUAUUUGUCUAUAUAGCUCAUCUAUAUUUGCUUUUCUGUGAUAAUAUUGUGUUAGACUAAUAUAUAUAUAUAUAUAUAUAUAUAUAUAUAUAUAUAUAUAUAUAUAUAGUACACAUACCAUGUCUUGUCUAUGUUUUACACUGAAGGAGAUAUCUUUUUUUUAAACAAAUCUUUUUACGUGUGGUACAAUAAAAAAAGUAUUUUAUUAGUCAUGCUUCAAUGUUAAAGUGGCAAAAAAAGGCUUCUCAUACUUCUUAACUCCCCACUAACACCAACACAUACAUUAAGCACGAUGCAACAAAAUAAAUAAACAAAAUUAUUUUUUUUUUUAA